AGACAGUCCCAAGCCGGAGCGGUUCCCAGAGCCACCCGACGGCCACCUCGCGUUUUUUUUUUUUCUUUCUUCGGGCGAGGGCAGGCUGGCGGUAGUGGUGAUGUCCGCUGCGGUCGCGAUCGCUGCCAGCCAGAGAAGGGUCUCGACAGAGGCCGAGCUGCUCCAGCAGGCUAACCAGCAGCUGAGGGACAAGAACGAAGAGGACGCGCUAUGGAUGAUCGAGAUUAUAAUCGACCUCUGGCCCCGGAUUUGCUCCUUCGUUGGGCAGGAGAUGAAGGAGCAACUCGCAAAAGUGUCCGCGAAGAUGAAUAUCGGCUUGCCACUCAACUUGUUCGAGAGCGUUGAUAAGUUUGCAGACCACCUGAAAAGGCACCCUAUCCCCCUUCCGAUCGAGACCUCGUGGAUCAAUUUGAUGAUCGAGGACGCGUGGGGCUUUAUCCAGCCAGCGCUGCAGGAGGCCGUUAAGACUGUGUUGCUGCCCCAGAUCCGUCAGAAGUUGCCAGCACCAUUAAGAGGCCUCGACAUCGACCCGUGCACAAUCGGUAAGCAGCCGCCUCGUGUGACAAAGUGGACCACAGAGGACCGGAACAAGUAUUCGGCCGACGGUCUGAGAGAGUACAUCGACAUGACGGUCGCCUUGGAAUGGAACGGCGAUUUGGACAUCAGCGUCAAUGGUCCACCCUUCAAGGGUCUCAUCAAUCUUGGGAUCAAGGGCAUCUGUCUGAAGAUGGAGCUCCACAUCUGCCUGAUGGACAUGCUUGACAGGCCGCCGUUCUUCGGGGGCAUCAACGUGUGGGCGGUGACUCCUCCCACUCUCAUGCUCGACUGGUCAGGCAUCUUGAACGUAUUGGAUGUUGAUGUCUUGCAGUCGUUGAUUCAGAGGGAGGUCGCAAGCGCAGUUACCGGGAUACUUUGCCUUCCGAAUCGCAUCGGCGUUGGUGUCGACCCAGCUACAGAUAUUCAAGUGAUUUCGUGUCCUCGCCCUGAAGGGUUGUUGAAGCUCAAGGUCGUUGGUGCUACGGGGCUGCGGACCGACGAUUUCCACCUGCUGUCGAUUUGGAAUAAGAAGCGCACUUGCGACCCAUAUGUGCACAUUCAGCUAGGCGCUCGCUCCAUGGAGACACAAGCCGUCAUGAGAUCGACGGGCGAUGCUGAAUGGAACAGUACGUUUUAUUUGCUUGUCGACGAGUUCUUCGACCAGCACUUUGACUUCAGUGUAUUCGACUGGGACUUAAUCGGUGGGGACGACCCCCUUGCUCGCAAACUCGGCGUCAAGAUCAAGGACUUGGUGGGCGCCACAGACACUAGCCACGUCCCUGACAAAACAGUCUCAAAGAGCACGUCUCUAGCGAUGGAGGUGGUUUGGACCUCGAAGCUCCAAAAGGAGAAAGAGGCGAAGGAGGUCGAGUUUGCAGAGGGACACCAGCAGAACCUCGAGAGCCCCGGACUGGUCCGCAGGGCCCUGGCGAAGACAGGCGGCGCUAUCGGGACAGCCAGGACCAGCAUCGUCGACGGGUUCAACAAGCGGACCGGCGCUGCCAUGGAGGAGUGGGAGAAGCUGGACUCUCGGCUCCAGCUCGAGGUGACCUGGGUCCCCUUCGAGUGCAACGAGUCGGUGGCGAGGAGGGCGGCCCCCGACGCCUCGGGCCCCUUCCACUCCCUGCUGUUCGUCGGCGUCUACGGCUGCCACGACCUCGCCCACGAGGCGGUCGGCGGCGUGGGCGGCGUGGACGCCGCGGACCCCGUGAGGUAUUUCGUGAAGGUCGAGUGCUCCCCCCACCUGAACAUAGACGGGAAAGCUGUCGAAGCCGGUUCGGAUGAGGCCGUUAAACAGACUCCCCUGCGAGGCAAGAACAAAACAAAUCCCAAGGCCGACAUGGGUAUGGACACGGCGGCGGACAAAGAAGAGGAGCUCGAUCGAAAGAUUAGGCAACUUGUCGAUUGCAGAGUGCCUUUUGAUUCUGUCGCGGAGGUCCUUGACCUAUCUCCAGAUCGCGUCAUGUCGGUGAUAAAUGAGCAAGCUUCGUCGAUGGAGACCGAGCAUAUCGAUAUAAUAUGGAAUCAUCCUUUCCAGUUCUUGCUGGCAGAUCCCAGCAAGGCAGAGGUGGCCAUACAGGUGAUGAAGACCGAGCCUGGCAUGACGGACAAGGUCGUUGGCAAGCUGAACUACAAUGUCCGCGACCUCGUGGUCUGCGACCAGCUGACAGUAGAGUUGCAGGAGCCGCUCAAGGAGUGUAGCGAUUCCAAGACGAAGAUCAAGGUGAAGCUGCAGCUGCGCACCCUGUAUCUGGGGCCGCAGUACCCGGCGAGGGUCGGCGGUCGAGAGCCGGCGCCAGACCCAGCAGUAUUGCGGGCGGCCGCAAAGAAGAGGCAGAAGCAGCGAUACGUCUACCUGGAUCGCAUGGGCAACGCGAGGACCCAGGUCAACGGGAUGUGGAUGGAGACCGCGGACAUUGCCGCCGCGCACCCGCACAGUGUCAGGGGCAACAUCGGGUCCUGGGUCCACAAGGAGGUCGCCAUGGCCUCGUCGGCCAUGCACUCGAUCGGAGACAAGAUGCGGCACAUGUUUCACAGGGACAAGGCUGGGGAGCGCGCCAGUCUGACAGCACCUACUCCUGGAAGAUAGGAGUAGUUUUUGUGUGUGUGUGUUGCUUUAAUGGCUCUAGUUUAUGGACGAGCUCAUAUAGAGCAUAUAUUUGCAGAUGCUGCUAUGUAGAAAUAGCCAGUUCGGCGAUGACACUUGAAUUUACGGCUUCGAGCAGGGAGUAUCACAAUAUUGUUGUUCCCCGCGCAUUUAGAGAGUCAUUAUAAAUGGGCGCCCCCCAUAGGUGAUCUCGGGGUCUGACGUCGGCGGAACAAAACAAUACCUUUGGCGAGGUGACAUCAGUUAUGAUUUGUGGUACAUGUUUCAAGUCUGCAGCGACAGUCGAAGCCGGCAGAUGGAUAGAUUCCAACGCUGGCAUUGUUGCCAUCUCUUAUCCCAAAAACACUUGGUAGCGAUUGGUGAACCGCACGCAAUGCCUGGGAGGAUGAGGACUUGCAUCUCAGGCAAGCUGGAAGGGGCCUCCAGGCCUGCAAGUCGUUUCAGGAUCAGCUCUGCAAUUCAGGCCUCGCGAUGACGAUGACGUCAUCGUCAUCG